GUUUUAUUACGUCACUGUAAAGUAAUUGACGGAAUCUAAUUUAAAUCAAAAUAUCUAAAAUCAUUUUUGUAUUACUUUGCGAUGAACGAUGAUGAUUCAAUUAAAUCGAACACAAUAAAUGUCUCGGAGAGAUUGGAAAAUUCUGUAAACACAGAUAUAAUUCCGGAUAUACCACAAGAUAUAAUAUUCCCAAACGAAUUGAAUAACUAUUUAAGGGAGCAAUUAAGGUUUUACGUACAGAAAAAUGGUUUAUUACAACAAAAUCUCGAAGAUCUCGAAAUUAGAUACAGUCAAAGUAAAGAAAAUUUGGAAAAAUUAGUAGAAAAACUUAAUAAUUAUGAAAAAGUUGCCGAUAAAACGAAAUUUGCUAAUUCGUCUCAAGUAGCUACGUAUAAAAUAGUAGAAUUAAGUAAAAAAUUGAGGGAGAAAAAUUCCGAAAUGGAAUCCCUCAAGACUAAAUUUUCGAAAAUGGAAAAAUAUGCUUUCGAUUUAAAACAACAGUUAGAAAAUGAGUAUCCAGUACAAGUAAAAGAAAUAGCAAAUCAUGAAACGUCCCCCGGUACGACAUCGGAAGAAGAAACAAAGAAACUGAACGAAAAAAUAACAACUCUCACGAAUAAAUUAGCAGAAUCUAAUAAUUCGAAUUUGCAACUAAAGAACGAAAUUAAAUUAGCCAAAAAGAUUGUUCAACAAGAAACUGGUGAUAAUUUUGAAAAUUUGCAAAGUUUAAAUAACUCAAAUGGUUGGAGGGGUCGCGCGCAAACAAUUAUAGAUCUUCAACAAAAAAACGCAGAGUUAAAAGAAAAAUUAAAAGUUGCUCAAGCUAACAAUCCGGUAGAAGUGAUGCCAAAUCUCCCCAAUAAAUCCGAGAAUCUAUUAAUUGCUUUAACAAAAGAACACGAUGAAUUGAAAUUAAAAUACGAAGAAAUAAAAAAGAAACACGACGUCUUAAAAGCCAGACAUAAGGUGAUCGAUAUUGAUUACACAUUGCUAAAAUCUAAAUCGGCAAUGCUUAAAGAACAAGCUACUAGAGACCAAGAAAUUAUAACUUCACUUUUGGGACAACUAAAUACUUCAAAAGAAAUGAAAAAUGAUUUAGUUUCACAAAAGGAACGUACUAUAACAAAACUUCAAACUGAGAAAAAAAUACUGUUGCAAGAAAUAGAAGAAUAUAAAUCCGUGAUUAAACAACAUCAAGAUAAACUUAAAGAAAAGGAAAAUAAAAUUUCUGAGCAAACUAUCAAUGAUAAGGAAAAAUCGAAUACGGUCGGACCUGUGUGUGACGAGAAACUUUUAGAAUUUAUUCAACAGUGUAAUCAAAAAUUGAAAGCCGAAAGAGAAGCUCACGCCAAAACUCAAAAUUUAUUGAAAAUAGAAAAACAAAAAGUAGUGAAAGGUGAAGCAGCUCUAGCGAGAUUGGAACUCGAAGUAUCUACUAGAUCUACCUACAGUUCAACUAGUACACUGAGAGCUUUGGAUACUAGCUUGAAGGAUAAAUUAGAAUUGGCAGAAGAGCAGAUAAAAGCGUUACAAACUAGAUUGGAGAUUGAACAAAUGGAAAGAAAAAAUGAUUUACAACAAUUUGGACAAAUUUUGAAAAGUUACGAAACCAAAAAUACCACUUCGGAAUAAUUUUUUGAAUAUAAUUUUUUUCUCUUUUAAAAACUAAGUAAACCUUGUGAAAAUAAAGUCAUUUUUUGUG